UCCCUCUGAGGUUUUUUGGCACGUCGACACCCAAACACAAAACACAAACAGCCACCCUGUAGAGCUGCACAUGUACCCAGAAAAUGUGUAAAGAUGUGGGUGUACAUGGUCCACGUCGGUGUGAAUGGAGGAGGUGUUGAUGGUGGAAUUCGAUGCAUAAAGUUGAAAAGAGUGUCGUAUUCGGGGCUCGAUGCACCGGAUUUUGAGGGCUUGCGGCCGGGGCUAUGACUCAGUUCAUCUACAUCAGAAAGCAGCACGGUGCAGGUCAGAGGCUUGUACUUUUUGUGCUGGUGCUGGUGUGUGCACAUAGAGCUGGAGUAGGUCGCUAUGAGCACUCUUUUACUGUUGUUUUAUUUCCACAUCACCAUUCCACAAAGUGAUCCAUCAGACUUCUAGACAUCAAUCCACAUCAGUAAUAUCAAACCUUUAAUAUGUCCAGAUGCAGCAUAUUCAGAUUUUGUAUUAAUAGAUGUGACUGUUAGAAUGUGUCUCAAACUUGUAAUUGAUUUGUGAUCAGAUCAGUGUUCUUGGCCACAUAGCUACUGUAGUAAAAAUAAUUGCAGUUAGGAUCGAAUACCUUACUUUAAAACCUUGUCUGAGUAGUGUGUCACAUAAGUUAAUUAUUGAUUGAUUGACAGGUGAUUGAUAGUACUUCAUCACAGUCAGUGGCCCAUUUUAUGUGAAGAUAGAAUACUGAAGCACAAGCUGUCUGCUGUGUAUACACAUAAUUGCAUGCCAACGUCAGGGUGUUUUAAAUGCAUUCAUACCACAGUAUAACUAUAGCUGUCCUUUUGGAUUGGAUCACUCAUGACACAUAUUCAAUCAAUCAGCCAAUUUUAUUUGUCACAUGAAACUGUAGAGGUACUAAUCUAGUUAUAUGUAAUUAGCUCCUUCAACUUGUGAAUGAUUAAUCAUAAAGCUGAUUAUUUUUAUUAUUAUUUCUAAUUUUAAUGUUCCCAACAGCUGUCUCAGACACAUCCCUGAUUAAAACAAGCACCGUCAUAGUGCUGCUGAAGUAUCUUAACCAGACGUUCUCCAGCAGAUGCAUGGUGUGAUUGUACUUGUUUGAUUCUUCACAGGAAAAACAGAGCCAAAUUGAUUUCCGCUGAUUCAUCUUUCUAGUUUAUUUCCGGGAACAAUGGUUUCUACUUUUAAUUGGCUUUAAUUGGAGUGCUUAAGCUACUUCACACCUUUUGCCUUCAAGUGAACAAAGGAGGGAUUUUCCCUUUAGCUUGUUGCAUUUCAAGACUUUGUUGCCUGGAUAGGUGAAAGUAUCCUUUAUUUGUAAAGACAAAAAGUCAGAAAAAAUAGAAUGUUGUCUAACAAGUAGAUAUUUUAGCAAUGGCAGCGGUGGUGCUCUAAUGGUCCACACUGAAAUAUCUCAAAACCUUUGGAUGGAUUACCUUGAAAUGCGAUUAGGAUAAUAAUGUUGCAGAGGAUAAAUUUGAAUCCCUAAUGACUAGCAUGACUACUACAAAAGUUUAUUGACUGCAGAUUAUUUGCAUAAAAUGUACAGUCAAUGUUCACAUGUGUCCCAACAUUGUUAAUGGUGAUUGUAAGGACAUAUGUGUGAAUGCAGUGUGUGUGCACUGUGUGCAGAAGUAAACAGGUGUCACUCUGUCCAAACUGGUGUAUAUUUCAGGAGGGUUGAGGUGGGCCAGUUGGUUACCAGGAAACCAAGUUUGGGUAUUACUCAUGUUACACAGAUCUCUGUGUCUCCUGUCUUUCUCUCUGUGUCCCAGCCAGGAGCCAUUUCUCUAUACUGUGUUGGCACUCCGUUGCUGUCAGGAUGCAACAGUUGGUGUUGAAGGUCAUCUGCUCCACACUGCUGCUUCUAGCAGUGGUGCCCUCUGUGUAUCCACAGCCAGAUUGUUCUCAAGCUGAGUCAUGUGACCUGUGCGUUGGCGAUUCCAUGCUCAACUUGACAGACUGUGUCUGGAGGCUUUGUCCAGAUGGUAAUGGUACAGGCACGUGUGUGUCGGAUGGGGCCAACCCGGCAGAAAACGGCAUGAACUGUAGCUGGACAACGGUGCCUGAAUUGUGUACAGUUGUAGAGUCUGUAGCAGAGGGAGGAGGUGAAGGUGACUCAGGUGAUGAAAGUAACACAAAUUCUGAGUUCUCCCAGGCCAAGUUUGACAUGUCCAGUUUCAUCGGAGGCAUCAUACUGGUGUUGUGUGUGCAGGCAGGCGGCUUCUUUGCCAUGCGCUUCCUCAAAUCCAAAGAGCAGAGCAGCUAUGACCCAAUAGAGCAACCACAGUGAAGACAUGAUGUAUGAAGGACAAACAGGCGAGAUUUGAGGACAGCAGAGCAGUGAGUCAUCGAGGUCUGACGACAGUGUUUUUUUUUCUUCCUGGGCUCGAGUCAUUUUUGGUUUAUUCCCAUGUGUACCCCUAGGGGAUAGGUGUGUUCAUAGGAGGAUAUUUUUUCUCAGAAUACCGCAUUGUGUAACGAGUGUCUGUACGCUGUGUUUGUAUAGUAUUUAUAUUCCAGAGACAUUUUGGCUGUUGCUAUUCCUACAACCUGACAAAUGGGAAACAAUAAGGCUCUGAUUUUCCCAGGAAUUUUUAGCGAUUCAUAUUUGUGACCAAACCCACCUUAUAUUUUCCCCAAUGAUAAGUGUUAAGUAUUUGUCCUACAAACAACAAGCAACUAGCUGUAUCAAAUCCGCUGUUUCAACUGUGUAAAUAGUACAGUGCUGUUAUGGGUAAGCGUGAUACAAUCCCAAUGUAGACAGUAGGUCAGACAAGGUCAUAACAGGCAUUUAAACCCUGAAAUACGUUUAAAGAGACUGUUGUUCAUUUUGCCCAUCAUCUAAGAGGACGUCUGUGUUUAUAAUGAGGAGCUGCAUAACUUUAUAGUGUUUUAUUGGAACCAAAUAUUAAAAUGUUUUACGUAUGUUAUAUCUUUUAAUUUAUUUGCAGUGAGUUAAAUGAUUUAGCUGGGGACCCUAAGGAGCCAUCUUAACAACUCCUGGAGGUCCCUGUAGACCCCACUUUUGGGAACAUAGAAAUUAAGCCUUAUAUUCUUAGCAAUAGUCAUUUAAACUUCAUGCCUACCUACAAUUUAGUUUUUGCACCACUCCUCUGAUUUAUGUGUUUUUGUUUUGACUUGUCAAUGGCUCAGAUUGUUUUUUUUAUAAAUUAAUUUAGAUUGAGGAGAUUUAUGUUUGACUGCUCAUAAUUAUAUUAUAUACAUACCAGCUUUAACCCUUUAAUAACAUU